UCCCUUAAUUUACUCUCAUCAUCCAUCAAGUAACGAAAUGGAGAAGGUGGGCGAUUCCCAGCCAUCUUCAGGGCCCUUCACGCCAACUAGUAACGAGAUGAAGGAGCUGCCGAGACUCUUGAUGAUUGAGGUUGAAUAUUCGGAAAUCUGUUUCGAAAAGAUAAAAGGUGUCUUAGAAAAGCUUAAAGAAGAAACGCCUGAUAUCGACACAUUCUAUUUCGAGAGCUUGGGGACGGUGAUGGUCUCGGGUUACUUUGAUACUGGGAAGUUUAAAAUGGAGCUAGAAAAUGAGAUGGGCGAAGCCAUCAAGUCAAUUACAGGAUCAAAUGACACUACCUGUCAUCCAUGCCUUCCUCAGAUGCGAGUUCCUGAGAUGCGAGUUCCCCAACCUGCUGAUACUCGUACGGAAAUUCUCAAUCACAGUGAAGUAACAAUCGAGUACAGUACAAAAAGUCGGCAGCGGGACCGUGGAGUUGUGACCCUUAAGCCUGAGAAGGAAGAUGCUGGAGGCUCCGGAUUCCCUAAGAUGAAAGCGGCUGAAGUCCCGGGUAGUAGUACGGAAAUUCUCAAUUCCAGUGAAAUAACAAUGGAGCGCAAUAAAAAUAGUCGAUGGUGGGACCAGUAAGGGUGAUGUUAUAAAUAAAAUAAAUAUUUAAAAUUAAUUUUUAACAUUAAAAUUUUUGUAUGAAGUGUUAUUUUUUAUCUAUAUAAUUUUUAGUUGAGUUAUGACCAAGUCUUUAUUGUACAAAAAAAUUUGUAUAAAUGUCGAACCUUUC